GGGGGAAAAUGGGGGAUUUUGGGGGGAAAUGGGGGAUGUCCGUCCCACGCGGCGCGGCUCCCCGCAGGUCGGCAGCGCAGUGAAGUUGGAGUGCACAGCGCUGGGGGAGCAUCAGCAGCUCUGCAGCGUGGGUUACCCCGUGUUCCGCUCCAUGGCCAAGGUGGUUUUUGCGCUGGAGUUUGAGUUCAGCUGCUCGGUGCUGCUCAACCAAGUGGAAGUGGCACUGGAGGCCACCAGCGACAGCACCGAACCCAACGCGACGCUGUGGGACAACGCGGUGCUGCUCUCUGCCCCCAUCCGCUACGAACCCGACCUCUUCCUGUCCAGCGAGGCCACCCUGCACCGCUACGAGGUGCACCCGCACGGCACCUUCCCGCACGGCCCCGGCCCCGAAUUCAGGACCACGGUGAAGCCCUGUGCUGAGCGCUGA